CAUGUCUUCCGGCCUGAUGUCUUGCGUGCGAGAGAACUCGCCGCCGUUGGAGCUGGAUCUGAGUGGAGCGGGUCCCCUGUCAUUGCCGGAAGGCAAUAGCAGAACCCAUGGCUAUCAGGGACCAACGACAUCCACGCCCAUUCCUUGCCCGCUAGCUGUCGCAGAGGGCGCAACAGGCGAUGGCAACGAAUGUUCAACGAAUGCGGAACAUCAGCAGCAGCAGCAACAGCAGCAGCAGCAGCAGCAGCAGCAGCAGCAGCAGAAACGCCGUCGCUUUCAUCCGCUACGCAAUUUGCGUCGAAUCUUUCGCCGGCGCACUAUCACCAGCGCGGACACCCCCGCAGCUGGCGCUGGUCAGUUGGCAGGCGCGGGACCGUCAUCCGGUACUGGCUCAGGGUCGUGCAACACUUUGCCGCCACCGGCGAGCAGUUCCAGCGAGAAGAACUUGCGCAGUGUUGCGCUAGCUGGCUCCGCGGCAGCGGAGGCUGUGUCGGCCUCAUCGCCGGCCUCGCCGCUCACACAUCAGCAGCUGCACGAGAGCUAUCAGACGCAAUCGUUGCCCAAGUCCAAGUCCUACGGAUCCCAUCGCGAUGAACUGCUGAGCGUGCUGCUGGGCAAGAAGAGAGCGGCUAGCAAGCAUACGAACAGCUUGGAGCAGCCAGUCCACCCAUCUUACACACACACCCAUACUCAUUCCCAGUCUCAAACCCAGUCGCACUCCCACUCGGACGCCAUGUACCAAACGCAGCGACCGCAAAUGGGCGUGGCCGUCUUUCCCGACGCCCUGAGCAUGAGUCGUAGCUCGUAUUUCGCGGAGAAGCAGAGAACUCACCAUCAUCAGCGCCAGCUGCGCAGCGUGGGCGACUCAGCGCAGGAUCUGGAUCUGGCCGAAGACAUUGGCGCCGCUGGCGGUGCAGCCGACAUGUCCGACAGCCAGCGUAGUCUCAGCGAAGAACGCUUGCUGGACGUAGACGUGGACGGCAGUGGUUACACACGUGAAACUCUCUCUCAGUCUCAUGACAGCGUUUUCUCCGAAUCAGCCACAGCCAGCAGCCUCUCCAUAGUACUGAGGGCAGAGCUGACAGAUGUGCUGCGCAAGCGUCGUAACAGGCCAGACGCCUCGGAUGAGGAUCUGGGCCUGCCACGUAGCCCAGUGUCGCCGCAGCGUCAUGCGGCCGCCGGGCAGAGCCGCAAGGUGGCCGGCUAUCAGCCACGCGAGGUGUCCUCCCUUAGCCUGUUGAGCGUCAACAGCACCGACGGUGAGGAUAGCCAAAGCCAUAGACAGCACUCGACUAAUCCGAACAGCUCCGCAGACAACCUCAGUUCGGUUGUGCUGCGAGACCAUCAGGAGGACGAUGAUGUGGAUGCAGUCGGCCUGGAGCGACAGCGACUCUCGCAUGCAGCGGCCAGACACAAAAUGGCCAUCAGGCCCAUCAAGAAGGUACCCACGCGGCAGCACAGAAGAACGCUUGAGACUUCCAUACCCGAGGCCAAUGAGGAGCUCAUCAAGAUGAACCUGACCCAGGCGCCCAAUCCCAGCCUGCGGGCUGUUAAAGAAACUGAUCUGAAAACUAAGACGCGCUCUCUACCUCCGGGCAGCUCACUGACUGCCCCAACAACCGCCACUGCCACCACCAACACUAGCACCACCAGCACCACCAGCUCCAAUAUGCGCACCAAGACAAUUGAGCAGAAAAACUCAACGAUUACAAACAUAAGCAGCAGCAGCAGCAGCAGCAACUGCGAGCGCAUCAAGUCCACAACAGCUGCUGCCUCACAGACGUUCGGCUUGCGUGCGCUCACCUUUAAGGCGGCCAAUGCGCUGUUCGAUGGGCGUGGCGAGUCGUCAACGGACGGUGACGAUGUGGCCACGGCCUCGACAGAUUCGAGCGAGCAUGGCUUUCUGCGUCGUCUUAUGCAGCGCAAUUCGAAGCGCAGCAUUGCCAGAGCCAACGAUGGCCUGGAGGAUGUGGACACCAGCCAUAACCUGGCCAAGAAGCUGCAGAUCUCGACUUCCUGCCUGGAAGCAGCAGCUCGCGAUCCCGUGCCGCUGCCCAACAAGUCGCGCAGCGCCACUUCGCACGAGCAGCACAUACAGGAGACACGGCAGAUCAUCAAGCGCGAGAUCCACAACGAGGGCAAGCAUGGCCUGCACGCAUUGGUUAGCAACUAUGGUGUCCAGCCGCAGCCACCCACCGCCGUGAAGCCGAAGUCGGGGCCAGCGGCGCGCCAGCGUUAUUUGCCCAAAGAGCUGGGCGCAACCUCGCCCAGUGCCGCGCUGGACAAGUCGCUGCCAGCUGUCGACGGCGAUGUUACCAACUUGCUAUCCAAGAGCUCGCGCGGCAACGACACCUUCCAGUCCACAGCGCUGGUGCGUGAGCAGACGCAGAUCAGGUCGGAGGCCAGCACAGGUCACUUCGAGCGCAAGCCGCGCAUUGUGAGUCUCAGCGCGUUCCAGCAGAAGCUGUCGCGUUCCAGCGACUCUAUGGGCCAGCACUCGAGCUCCUCGAACUCGCUGGAGACCAGCACGGACGAGCCCUCGCCGCUGUACUACGAGGAGAAGCAGCGCAAGACAGUUGAGAAAUCGCGCAGCUUCCGCAACUAUCAGGAGGAGCGCAGCGUGGUCAACGAAUCUGUGUCCAUGCACAACAACAUGCCCAGCCUGCCGGAUCUGUCGAUCAGCUUCCGCGUGCCGCCUUCCUACUACAAGCAACAGCAGUCGCCGCAGUCGCCACGCUCGCCCAUGUCGCCCACGUCGCCGAUAUCGCCGAACGCCAAAUGCGUCUCGCUGGGCUUCGAAAUCAAUGACAACAAGCUGCUGCAGGCGCGAGCCGAAUCCACGGGAAAGCUGCCAAGCGGCCAGUCGAAGGUCUCGCCGCAGCGCAACUCCACGCUGCUGGUGCCCAGCCCUGGACCUGCCAACAUCUCUGAGAUCGAGCAGAACAUCGAUCUGAUUGUUAAGUCGCCGAUGGUCAGUUUGCUGCGCAAGUCCGGCGCAGUUGUGGAGCAGCCGCCACAGCGACCCAAGGUGCUUGAGCUGAAGCAGACGACAACCAUUGCCAUUGGCUCGCCAAGCAAGGAUGCAGCCACAGCCAGCCCAUUGGCCAAGAGCGCCAAGCUAUCGAGCAGCCCACCCAGCACGCCCACCAAGAGCACGCGUCGCAACUCGAGCAACAUGGAACGCGAGCAAACGCCCGCCGCUGGCCCAGAGCAGCCGGAGUUUAUGAAGAUACAGCUGAAUCGUGUCGACCAGGCACAUCUCCAUAGCAAGACCAAUCAUCUGGUGCUGGCCAAGAAUGUGAAAGCUGUGUCCACGCCCACGGAGCGCAGUCAGAGCAGCGAUGAUCUGACCAUGCGCCGCCUCAGCGCUGAGAGCACGGGCAGCAUUCAGAUAGUCGAGCGCUCGCAGAAGCCGCUCAGUAGUGCCAACAGUCCCUCCUCACAGCCCGCACACAGUAUUAGCCAGCCAUCCGAGGCGUUGGCCAAACAGCAGCGCGCCGUCAGUGCCAAUAGCUUGCGCUCCAGCUAUGUCAGCAGCAGCAGCAGUUGCAGUUGCAGCGGCGGCAGCAACGAGUUGCUCAACGCUGUCUCGCCAGCAACGACGCCCAGCACACCAAAGAGCAGCGGCACGAGGCCACUGGAGCAGGAGAAGGAUAAGUCCCAUCGCCUGUCGCUGGAAGAGCGCAAGCGGCUGUUCCUGAAUGAGGAAAAGUCCCAGGCUCAGGCUCAGGCUCAGGCCCAGGCGCGGGCUCUGGCUGAGCGCAAGUUAAACGAGGAGCUGCAGCGCAAGCCGGAUGUGAUGCCAGCGGCCACACCCACCACACCACUGUCGCCUAGUGGGCCGGAUGCCAGCAAUGGCAAUGGCGUGGUGCUGCGCAAGAAAUCAUUUGCCAGUGCCAAUGGCAAUGGUAAUGCCAAUGCCAAUGGCAAUGGCAAUGGCAGUGCGAGCUCAGCGGGCCAGGAGGAUGCAACGCCAGAGCUGAUGAAAGUGUUUGCGCGUCGCUCGCUUAAGGUGAAGGACGAUGAUGUUGUGGCCCUGGCACAGGUCGCAGUGGCCAACCACAAAAAGAUGUCCAAUGGCAGCCAGAGCGUCGAUAGCGACAAGGAGAAUCAGUCGAACAGCGAGGAGAAACUGGACAAGCUGACGCCCAACAGCGAGCCGCCGAAGUUAGCGCAAUCGAACAAUCAUACACAUGCACACGGCCACGCCCACACCCAUUCUCAUGCCCAGCCGCCCAGCAACAAUCGAAGCACAGCGGCGGAUUUUCGAAAUCUCAACAAUAACAAUGUUCAGUCGGCGCCACAGAAGUUGUCCAAUCUGCCACCCAUAAAGGUCAGCAAUGCGCGCCAUUCUACAGUCAACAACAACAACAACACCAACAACACUAACAAAAACAACAUCAACAAGGCCAACAGCUCCAGCGUCAAGCCGUCUAAUGAGCGCUAUUCACUGCAGCUAAAGCCAGCAAUAACAACAGCUGCAGCUGCAGCUGCAACAGCAACAGCAACAAUUGUCGCUGCAGACACCGAUGCCACGCCCACCAAGCCUAUAGAGCGCUCCGCCACAGUGGGCGAAUUUAAGGGCAUACACCAGCGUCGCGCCGAGUGGGAGCAGCGUGUGAAAGAGGCGCUCAAAUAAGCGCUGUUAACUAACAGCAGAGCUGGCAGAGCGCGCACUGUUAACUAACAGCUGAAGUGACAGCGUCGCUGUACCUGUUAUAGCGAUGCUCCGUUAUCUAGUGAUGCUCUCUAUUAGGACUGUAAAUGAAUACAACUCUAAAGCAACCGUCAACUAAUGACUAAAAAAAGCAGAGAAAAAAUAAAAGAAUAAUUAUAUUAUUAUUAAUGAUAGCAAAUAUAUACGAGUUGGCUGUUUGAGCCCAUCCAAAGAAACGAGUUGCGUCUUCGAUCGAUCUUCAAAAUGAUUAGUUUGUGGCUUAUCGUUAAUAUAUAGUCUUUGAGUUUAAUUUGUGUUUGUGCACGUCAAAAUCUAAUAAAAAUUAUAGUAAUAAAGCAGAAGAAAAACAAAUGAUAUGAAAGUUAAAACUAGAGAACAGACAACCUUAAGGACUGUGAGUUAAAAUAACAAAUAGUUAUAGAAAUUCCCUAUGAUAUUUUAUGAGCAUCUCUGAUUUGUUGUAGAGCUAAUGACAUUCGCCCU